CACCGCUGUCCUAUAAAAGGCGGGCGCUGUCCUCGGCGAGGGGUUGGUGGAGAGGACGCAAGCUCCCGGUUCACCGACGCAUGCGGGAGAUCUUUUAUUUUAUUUUCAUUCUUUUUUUUGAAGCUCUCCAGAAACGCGGCCAAGUCUCUCGUUCCAGAAUGCGUCCGUAACCAGCCGGACCUUCCUUCCCAACGAAACCUUUUCUGAAUUAAAGCUCCGCUAAUUCUGUUUUUCUUCCUAUUCCUGGAGAGCUCCGCGCGCCGCGUCUCCAAAGAUGAUCGGGAGAGGACUGCUCGUUUUGACGAUGCUGGCCAACUGCGUUCUGUCAUUGCCAGUGACUUCAAGUCAGCUGGAGAAUGAGGACGUACAGGUGAUGAAAUGUAUUGUGGAGGCGUUGGCAGACGUGCUGUCGAGGCCCCGCCCUCUGCCUGUCAGUCAGGAGUGUUUGGUCCUGCUGAAGACUGAUGACAGGCUUGUCACUAUCCUUCGCCGUCAUAACUUUCUGAAGGAGCUGCAGGAGAUCGCUGUUCAAGGGGGCCAAGAGAGAGCUCAGCUGCAGAGAGACGCUGCUGCGCCGCUCGACCCGGUGACAGAAACUCCUCCGACUCCAGGCGACGCUUCCGAUCGAUCCAUGUUGGAGGCUUUGGGAGGCCCUGGAGAACGAUCCAUCCUCUCCCAGAAGAGAAGGACAGGAAAUAGGGAUGGAGAGGGAGAAAAGAGUGAGAGACGGAGAGACGGAGAGUCUCAGGAGGACGGUGACAUCGUCAAAGAGGUGCACUUGAAGAGGGAGGAUGAAGAGAGCCCAGGAAGUCACGUCUCCGAGUCUGUGGAAGAGUGGAGCGAGGGCAAGGCUGAAAAGAGGGAGGGAGAAGAAGAGGAAGAAGAGGAAGAGGAAGAGGAAGAGGGAAGUAAAGCGAAGAGAGUGAAUUCAGAGGAGAAUUCAGAGGAAGAAAAUAUGACCAAGGUUGAGAAAAGUGCUGCGUCUGAUGAAAAGAGAGAUGCACAUGGAGGCAAAUCAAAAGGGCUGAUGUUCGGUGAGAAAGAUGAGGAGGAGCAAAAAAAGAGAUCUUCGCUUUUCUCGCACAAGCAAGAGGAGGAUGUGAAGAGAGGGAGCAGGGAGAGCCUGAAGCAAUGGGCCAAGAGGGGCAAGAACAGCUUGCAGCUGAAGAAAAAAACCGGCGGAAAGGAGGCUCAGCAUGUCAGCGGUCAGCAGGAGGUGCCACAUCAUUCGAAGGAGCUCGCGGAGGACGGGGAGGAGAAGAAGAAGAAAAGAGACACCCAGAGGAGUCCAGAGGAGAAGGAGCUGCAGAUGCUCGCCAGCAGGGCACCAGAGGAGAGGAAGGGUUUGGAGGAAGAGGGGAGCGCCAGUAGAAAGACAGAGGAGCCUGAGAUUGAAAGCCUGGCAGCCAUCGAGUCAGAGCUCGAAAACGUUGCGCAGAAACUCCAUGAACUUCGUCGAGGCUGAGACAGAGAGAGAGAGAAAGAGAGAGACUGGUACAGAAAUGACACCGCAACCUCCUCUGCCUCCUCAUCCUCCUCCGCUUUACCAGCUGCCUGGCUUCCACAGAUAGAGCGUGUGAAUAUGUGACGAGUUUUUUUUAUCUUUCGCUGUUUUUCUUUUCUCGAGGAUGUCCACUUGAGCUGCACAGCUGCAGCCUCCCCUGUGACACUCUCACAUAGAGUAGCAAACUCGGUAGAUGCACAUUGUGACUAGACACGUAUACUUUAACAUACAGAUGCACAGGUUCUGCACAGGUGCAUAUAUUAUUUAGAACAUUCAGCAAGAGUCCCAAAGGAAGAAAAAAAAUCUUUCUGUCAGUGAGGGUUGACAACUGGUUUUCCUUCAUCUUCUCUGACAAUCAUCUCUGUCCUUCUGCAAACGCGUCUCGCCUGCUUUUUAAGAUUAUUUUAACCCUGCACACAGAUUCAAGCGAAAGGUUAAGGCAGAUCCAGGUUUACACACACCACCAAGGUGAGGUCGUACGGCAACAUCAUCAAUCCCUCUUUCUCAGAUGCUAUCUUACGUAUGAGGACGAAGAAUACAUGCUUGUUGACUAUUAGAUAUACAGGUGACUCUGAUCAAGCCAAGGCAAUAAGUGAACAUUUUUUGCAGAUAAGUCGCGGGAUUGUAAUGGAAAACUGUCUGAGAUUUAUGUAAGAAAAAAAAUAAAUUGUACCUGGAAA